AAAGUUUCAAAUACAAAAUAAGAAUUUGUAAGCAAUUAAGAAGAUUAAAUUGGUUAUUCUAAUAAUAUCAAGAUAACAUUCGAACGUAGAUCAUUCAGUUAAUAUCUUCCUAUUCCUAUUGUUUUAUUAAAAAAAUUGAGCUAAUAUAUAUUACCUCCAAGCUCAUCUGAUUUGUACAACUCUACAUAUAAAAUGACUAGUGAAUCAGAGAGAGCAUAUUGCUUCAAAACCGAAAAUAAAUUCAUUGUUAAAACUGGAUGUAAAAAGCGUAUGUGGAGAUCAUUAAAGCAAAUUUUAGCUGCAGACAGGGCUUUACCAUGGCCGGAGGAUGCGGUUCUUUAUUAUUCAAUAAAUGCCCCUCCAACUUUUAAACCAACUAAAAAAUACUCUGAUAUAUCUGGAUUACCAGCACCUUACAUGGAUCGUCACUCAAAACUUUACUAUAGUAAUGCUGAAGAGUUUGCAACUGUUAGAAACCUUCCAAUGGACAUUACAGCAGGAUAUUUACAAUUAAGAGGAGCCACAACAAUUGUUGGAUAAAAUACAUAAGCAUAAAUGUAUUAAAAUGGUAAUGCACACUAAAUAAUAGUUAGGGAUAUUUUUUAUAAUUUUUUUUAUUUAUCUAAUUUAAAAUUAAAACUUAUAACAAAUAAACCAUUUUUAGCAUUGUUUUCUUUAAACCAUCUUCCUGAUUUAUGUUCCUGACCUACUGCUGCAUAUAACUGUUUACCAUCACUAGUAAAGUUCAUACUGUUCACAAAACCAUUUAUUU